AUGGAUGUAAAAUCAUUUCUUCGCGUAAACGAAACUUCGGAAGAGUUCUAUAUCAGAUGUAACAAUUUAACCUACUUCGAUUGUAGUGAAGAGGAAAUGCUAUGGUGGUUGAUGGGUUCCCGUAGGUUGCCGUUAAAUGAAAUAGUGCCACUUAGUAUAGUACUCGUGGUUAUAUUUCUGACCGGUGUGGUGGGCAACGUGUGUGUAUGUGUCGUUAUUGUGAGGAAUCCGGGGCUGCAUACUGCCACCAACUAUUAUUUGUUUAGUUUAGCUGUCAGUGAUUUACUGCUUCUAUCUUUUGGACUUCCAAACGACCUCGCUGUUUACUGGCAUCAGUAUCCCUACAGCUUGGGAUUAGUUUUCUGCAAACUUCGAGCAUUCAUAUCUGAAGCGGCAACGUAUGUAUCAGUUCUGACGAUAUCCGCAUUCUCCCUGGAGCGGUAUCUGGCUAUAUGUCAUCCCCUACAUCUCUACGCAAUGGCAGGACUAACGCGAGCUACCCGUAUCAUCGUAGUGCUGUGGUUACUAGCCUUCAUCAGCGCAUCACCGUUUGCUUUUUACACCGAUAUAAGCUAUCGAGAAUUCCCGCCAAAUUCCGGCAACAUAUCUCUGGACUCCGCUUUCUGCACACUUACAGCGUCAUCCCCUCUGCUCGAGAUCAGUAGCAUCUUCUUUUUCUUCGUGCCAGCCGUUCUCAUACUCUGCUUGUAUGUAACCAUGGGAAUACAUAUACGGUCAACACGAGUUAGCUCGAAGGCAAAGCAGGGCUUAUUCAAGGAUCACGUGCACGGAGAAUCAAGGCAGGCGAAGUCAAGAAAAGCCGUUGUAAGGAUGUUAGUGGCAGUGGUGAUAGCAUUCUUCGUGUGCUGGACGCCGUUCCACGUGCAGCGCCUGUUCUUCAUCUACGGCUACGACCACCCCCAGUUCAGCAUGAUCAACGAGCAUCUGUUCAACGUGGCCGGUGCACUGUACUAUGUGUCGGCGACUGUCAACCCCAUUCUUUACAACGUGAUGAGCGCUCGAUACCGAACGGCCUUUCACGAGACACUUCUAUGCAAACACCGAUCCGACCGCAACAGUUUUCAGUAUUCGCGCCGUGAAACAACAAUGUCCACUUGCACGAGACCCAACAAUAGGUCUAGCUUCUGCAAAGAAUCUAGGAUACUUUCCAGCAAAGUAGACUUCGUGAAAGACGAGUCACCGUUCUGUAUUGAAACGAAAAUAGACGAAAAUACUAUUUAUUAUUUUCCAAAUGGUGAUCACAGUAAUUUAAAGAAUGACCACGAUACUUUGAAUACUUAAUGUGCUUCUAAUAUUACGUAUAUUUAAUAUUUUAAUGCACUGUCUAAAAAUGUGUAAGUAAAAUUAUGAAACAGAAAAAAAAAUACGUUUUUAAGUCUACAAAAAGAAAAUCUCCAAAUCACAUAUGAAUUAUAAUAGUUCUAGUACAUAUUAAGGUUUUUUUUUAGGAAGAAGAAAAAUAGUUUAUUAAACAUGAUACAUAUUUAC